AUGAAGGUCAUUGCCAUCCUCCUCCUCCUCCUCUCCUGCUCCCCCACCCACAGCAGCUUCUGGCAGUUUCAGAGGAUGGUCAAACACAUCACGGGGCGGAGUGCCUUCUUCUCAUAUUACGGAUAUGGCUGCUACUGUGGGCUUGGGGGCAAAGGGGUCCCCGUGGAUGACACUGACAGGUGGGCACAUGACUGUUGCUACGAGAAGCUGAAGGAGUCCAGCUGCCAGCCUGUGUUGAGCGGCUACCAGUUCCACAUCGUCAAUGGCACAGUGGUGUGUGGAUGCACCCUUGGUCCUGGUGCCGGCUGCCACUGCGGGCUGAAGGCCUGUGAAUGUGACAAGCGAUCCGUGCACUGCUUCAAAGAGAGCCUGCCUACCUAUGAGAAAAACUUCAAGCAGUUCUCCAGCCGGCCCAGGAUAGCUGCCCCCACCCUGCAAAAAAGCCUGGGCUAG